CAUUGCAAUCCUACUAUUGCUGCUUCCUGGUCCAGUUUGCUGCAACAACUCUUGAAUGAUUACUCGUUUAUGUACUGAUUGAUUGGCUUAUGAGGACGGGUUGAAGAAGCUGCUUGAAAAAAAAGCCACUAGCGAGGGUAUUGUUGAGUUGUAUAAUGUCGGCUGUCCCUAAUACGUUCGAAAAUGUGAAAGCGGUUAUCUUAUCAGCUCAUAAAGGCACCACAUCAAAAGAAAAGGUCGACUUCUACAACUCCUGGGCAGAGAACUAUGAUCAGGAUGUGGCUGUUCUGGACUACCGUGCACCAUGUCUGGCAGCAAACAGCAUCUCGUCUCAUUUCCAUGGUGAUCGUGAAGCAGCUGUCCUACUAGAUGUGGCCUGUGGUACAGGACUGGUGGCCAAACAGUUGAAGAAUCAUGGAUUUGGCCAUUUUGUGGGUGUUGAUGGAAGUGAGGCGAUGUUGGAGGUGGCCAGAGAGAGCGGCUUGUACCAAGACUUGAAGCAGGUCCUGCUGGGAGAGGAUCCGCUGCCUGUCCAGUGGGAAAAUGCAUUUGAUGUGGUUGUGAUUGUUGGAGCACUGAGUGUUGGUCAGGUUCCUGUUUGUGUGGUCAGAGACCUGUGCAAGUCCACCAAACCAGGUGGCUACGUUUGCAUGACAACCAGAAGUAACCGUGACAACCUGGAGUACAAAGCCUCCCUUGACUCUGAGCUGAGGCAGAUGGAGGAAGAAGGACUCUGGACUUGUGUAGAGGUCACUCAGGUGAAAGACUGGGAGAAAGCCGUGUCAGAACACGAGGAUGGCUACAUAUCUGGUGCCGUGUACCUCUAUGAGAAACUACAGGUAUAACGCAGCGCAGAACGGUGUGAAAUGAUGCGACAUGACAGCAAAGGUGCUAUUAUUACGUCAUCAGUCUCAUACUGGACCAAAGAUGUGAAACUGCAUUCACAGAUCAUGUGAACUUAAGAUAUGAAAUGUUGAACUGUUUCAGAUUUAGAUGUAACAGUUUACAUGUAGAGAUGUGAUGCAAUAAAACUGGUCAGAUGUGCAGCAUCUUAUGGGUAUUCAGUGAACUCCUCCUUAUAGAACAUGCUUGUAUAGACAUGAGCACCUUGUAAUAAAUGACAAUGUUAACCGUGUGGCUUUAGUGCAUUGAUAUUGCUAUUCAGACAGGCUAGGUAAUGAAUAUGAAUCAAUUUAAUUUUAUUCAAAUAGCAGUGUUCACAAUAUGGAAAGCCACUUUUAUUAUUUUAUUAUUGAUGUUGAAAACUGAUAAUCAUUUAAUCCCUGUGGACUUUAAUGUCUUUACAUAGAUCAGAACUUUACCUUCGACUCUUUAAAAAAAAAUAAAAUAAAUAAAGCCAUACUAUCACCAUUCAA